AAAUUACUUCAAACAUGUCGUCAAUAUUUGCCGACAAUUUCGAUAUACUAAACGAUGGCAACACCGGUGGUUUCGGUACAGUCUAUAAAGUCAGGGAACGGUAUAGCUAUCGUGUUUAUGCCAUCAAAAAAGUCAUCAUCAAUGACAACUUUAAGGAACGGGCACUCAAAGAGGUCAAAACUAUACGAUCGUUGGACAGUCCAUGGGUAGUCAACUGUUUCAAUACAUGGAUAGAAAACAAUGGCACCUGUAUCUAUAUACAAAUGGAAUACUGUCCCUAUAAUCUCAGGGAUAUCAUAAAAGCCAAGUCCCUUGUAUUUGAUACGUACAGUAAUCUAGUGGACACACCUACUACUAGUGCUAGCAGUGGCCGUAGUAGUAGUAGUAGUAGUAGACAUCCUAUUGAUUAUCUAAUAUCGACGGUAAUAUUUGGCCAAUUACUUCAAGGACUAGACUAUUUGCAUGGAUUGAAGCCGCCGGUCAUUCAUCGUGACCUGAAACCGGCAAACAUAUUGUUUGGUAUCGGCGCCGCUGCCGAUACUACUACUACUAUGGGUGUCACUAGUGAUACCCAUACCAGUGAUACCGGUGCCGGUGGCAUACAGUGCAAGAUUGGCGACUUUGGACUGGCUGUUAUCAAACAAAAUGCCGGUAGUCCUGGCGGCGGCACCGGUACAACCGGUAGAACUAGUAAUACGGAAACACCUACACUGACUGUAGGUGCCGGUACACUGGGUUAUAUAGCACCGGAAUGUUUUAGCGGUAAAUACUAUACGGAAAGCGAUGUCUAUAGUCUAGGGAUUAUAGCUACAAAUUUAUUUUAUCUAGAUGAUACAAUUAAUACAGAUCAUGGUCAUGAUGAUGAUGUUGAUAAUGCUACUAAUGUUGAUGAUGACAUUGUUAACAUGAUAAAACUAUUGCACGAGUAUGUGGGUGAAAUGACUAAUGGUAUACAUCAAAAACGACCCAGGUGCUCCCAGCUAUUGGAUACAAUGGAUGAAUGGCAAUUAUCAUCGAAACAAUUAUUAUCAAUGAGUAUGGACAAAUUGAAAAUACAUAGAUCAACUAACCUAGAUAAUAAUCAUUAUGAUGAUAAUGCUACAAAUUAUAUUGUACGCAUCCAGGAAAUCUAUAGUCAACUGUAUAAUCAAUUUACCCAGAUGAUACCGGAGCCAUUGAUGGUUGGCACCUAUAGAUUGGAGGAUAGGUUUUACGGGAAACAAUGCGAUUGUUAA